AUGCCAAAUGAAACAGUUGUUGAAUGUAUGCAUGCACAUCAUCCCCUACAAGGUGCACAGGUACCACGUUGUCUUGUCAAACGACAGUUGACACAACAGAUUUCAGCCAGUUCAUCCAUGCAGCCCUUUUGUCUUGCGAUGGAGAUCGUGGACAAAGAGAAUGCUCUGCAAGUGGCACCAGCAGCAAGUCUUGGCGACCUGCCCUGGGAAGGGAACACAUGCAUGGUUUCUCAGGAUGAUGACACGAUUGUUCAUGUGUGCUUGCUGGCAUAUUUGCCCCCUUAUGUUAGCUCCCAUUAA